AUGACAAAGGGAAGCGCACGCAGACGGUCCAAGCAACAGCUUGGUGCCGAGGCGCUGGCGGAGUUGAAGGAGGGCCGUGUUACCCCGUCUCGACCAGAGUGGUCUGAUCGCCGGCCUCUGAGGUUCUGGCAGCCCUUCAACGACUGGUGGCGAAGUGAGCUCGAUCGCUUGGGCAGGCGACCAAACGCCCAGGAAAUCAACGGCUGGUAUGAGGUUCAUGCGUACGACCUCUGGAAGGAGGACGCGCCGUCACUGCAGGAGACGCGCGUGCAUGCAAAGUGCCUCAGGAGCUUGCCCCUGGUCCGGGACUACUUCCGAAACUACCGCGCGAAGAAGCGCUCUAUUGGCGAGCGGUUGGCGGCAAAUCGGCAACGUCGGAGGAGUCUCACGGACCGCAGACUUCCGCUGAACUCCACCUACAUUCCUGGCGAGGGAUUUGGCUACAGGGAGGACGGCGAGGACGGCGACGACGUGGACGAGGGGGAGGAGGAGGACGAGGACACGAGUGCUGCCCACGACCCCGACCAACCAAAUCACCACGAGCCCAUGGACGCCGACCCUGGCGGCGUCUACCCCAUGGGUUUGGGCCUCGAUGUCGAGGGAUAUCUGUCCAGGGACCCCACGGGUGCUGCGGCGGCGGCUGCCGCCGGCCUGGCGCAGUUUGCCUCCCUGCGCGGCGCCAGCGGGGCCAACUCAGUCGCUGCGGCGGCUGCGGCUGCCGCCGCCGGCCUGCCCUUGGAGCUGCUCCACUCGGGCGUACCUUCCCUGCAGUCGUUCAUGGGGUCUUCCGCCGCCGCGCUGGGCUCGGCACUUUGGUCGUCCGCCGCUGCCGCCCAGCCGGCCGCUGUCCUGGAUGCCGGCCGCCAACACUCGGAACUACUUCGCAGCCUCACCCUGCAACAGCUCCAGCAAGCAGCGCUGCAGCAACAGCACCACCAGCACGCGCAGCAGCAGCUAGCGCUCGCAGCCAUUGCGCAGAACCUUGCCCUAUCCCGCGCCGCGGCGGGAAUCCCUGGUAUCCCGGGUUUCCCGCACCACGCCGCGGCACUCGUCCAGCCGCACAGCGCGUACAUGUCCGGCAGGGGCCUGGACGAGCGGCAUGCCAUGGAGGAGGCUGCGUACCGCGAGGGCGAGCAGUACCGGGUGGAGAAGGAGGACGGCGGUGCAACGGGCGGAGGACGGGACGGCCGUGGCGAGGAGGAGGAGGACGAGGAGGGGGAGCAGGACGAGGAGGAGGAGGAGCAUGGAACCGUGGACUUCAUGGAGCUGGUGGCGCAGCAGGCCGCGAACCUGGGUCGGGGCAAGCGCAAGCGCGGCCCGGGGUUGCUCGGUCGGCGACAGGAUUACGAUAUUGAGGGCGUUAUGGGUGGUCGCGAUGCGGAGGGUGAGGGGGAGGACGGCACGGAUACGGAGGAUAGGGCAGGGGCCCCGGGGAGGGCUGUUGGCGCUCGCCGGGUCGGUGCAGCUCAGUUGGCAAGUCGGCAGCGGCGGGGGGCACGGGGCGGCGUCGCGACGCUGAACGGGUUGCCGGCGGCGGCGGUAAAACACAGCACGAGCAGGCGCCAGCCGGUGCGGGCGGGCUCCGUUUCUCCAGAGCCUGCUGGCGGUGGUGCGCGGGUGGGGGAGGGGGAUGAAGGGCGCGAGGGGGACGGGGAGCGGACUGCUGCGGCCCUGGCGCUUGUGCCCUUGGAGGACAUGCAGGUGCCUCCGGCGCUCGGCUUGGAGCCUGUGCCGCGUGAGGCCCUUGUGCGCCUGGCGCACGAGGAGCUGAGCAGUCCUAGCAAGGCUGGAGGGCCCACGCGCGCGGCCUCGGGCAGCGGCGGCGUCCCAACGGAGGUGCAGCGCUCGGGCUCACCGGUCCUGGGCGGCGAUAGCAGCGAACAGCGCACCAAAGCGCGACCCCAUCCGCCUCGGGCGGGAGAUCAGCUGAAGCUUCUGGAGCCGGCGGAGGCGACGGCCGUGUCCGUGCUCGCCGGGAUCGACAUGGCGCCGCAGGCCCCCAUGGCACCGGCGCCCAAAGAGGCGGCGAAGGCGAGUGGCGGAUUCCGUGUUGCCGGAGGUGUUGGUCGCGGAACCGCGGUGCCCCAGCACUCGCGCAACGAGGGCGACAGCGGGCUCCCGGGCCUUAUCCAGCCGGCGCCGCAGCUCCACGGCGUUCUGAAGACUUCCUGGGUAGUGCAGCAGGUGCGUGUGCAGCGUGUGGCGUGGCUGGGCCGGCCCGCAGAGGCCUACCGCGCCGCCCGGUUUGUGAAGGGCAGGUCCGGCGGAGGCAGUGAUGGCGCACUGGAGCACCGCGGCGAAGAGGGCGCCUUGCCGCGUGCUGAGAAGCACCCGGGUGUCUGA